GCCCCCCGCCGGCGGAGCCGCGCCGCGCCGAGCGGCGGCACCUCCUAACCGCCAUUCCGCCCCAAAACUUUCCGUUUUCCCCUUCCCACUCUCCGGGACUUCCUUGUGCUGCCUGUGCGCGCGGAGGGGGAGGAGGAGGCGUGUGCGGCGGCGGCGGCGGCGAGGGGGGAUUUACAGUCUCCUCGCAGGCUGGCCGGGACCCCGGGGGAAGAGGAGUUGCACCAUGCGCGGCAAGUGAGGGAAAGUCUCCGCCAGCGCCGCCCGCAGAAGUUGAGGCUUUCCCCCGCCGCCCGCGGGAGCUGUGCCUUUAACGCCCGCUGAGCGAGGUACCUAAGGAUAAAACUGGCCUGAAGGGAAAAUCUGCGGGAAACUGGGGAACUUGACUGUUCUUGCACCUGAGUACUACAUGACUUCAGCCCUUGCAGAUUUGCUGUUCAGCACUGUCAUUCUGGCUGUUCUACUUCAAGGGUGGCUCCUUCUGAGGAGAGGCAGAAAGGAGCCAUUCCAAACCCUCAUCAGUGCUCCUGAGGAAUGCUUCUGAGACAGGGCUGUGCACACGUGUCUAUAUACAUGCAUAUAUACACAUACGUGUAUAUAUAUAUAUAUACACACACCAGCCCUCUCAGCUGUCAGAUGUAGUGAUCUCCAUGGUAACUCAAACCCCCAGACUCUUGACAGCAGCCUGCGAGGAGCAGCAUUCAGCAGCUCAAGGGUCUCACGACCAGAGCGUGGAUCACACUUCUCAUAAACCUCAUCGUAUUGAGGUUGGGCUAAGAUGAGCAUAACCAGUGACGAAGUGAAUUUCUUGGUGUAUCGCUAUCUCCAGGAAUCGGGUUUCUCCCACUCGGCCUUCACCUUCGGUAUCGAGAGCCACAUCAGCCAGUCCAACAUCAACGGAACACUAGUGCCACCUGCCGCACUCAUCUCCAUCCUUCAAAAGGGGCUCCAGUAUGUGGAGGCCGAGAUCAGCAUCAACGAAGAUGGUACAGUAUUUGACGGCAGGCCAAUAGAAUCACUGUCUCUGAUAGACGCGGUGAUGCCUGAUGUUGUUCAGACCCGGCAGCAAGCAUUCAGAGAGAAACUAGCUCAGCAACAAGCCAGCGCAGCAGCGGCAGCGGCAGCAGCGACAGCAGCGACAGCGGGAGCAACGACGACUGCUGUUUCCCAGCAGAACACACCAAAGAACGGAGAAGCCACUGUGAAUGGAGAGGAGAAUGGGGCACAUGCAAUAAAUAAUCAUUCAAAGCCAAUGGAAAUUGACGGGGAUGUUGAAAUUCCUCCUAACAAAGCAACAGUCCUUCGGGGCCAUGAAUCAGAGGUGUUCAUCUGUGCCUGGAACCCUGUCAGUGACCUGCUAGCAUCCGGAUCCGGAGAUUCAACGGCCAGAAUAUGGAAUCUCAAUGAAAACAGCAACAGCGGUUCCACUCAACUAGUUUUGAGGCACUGCAUAAGAGAAGGAGGACACGAUGUCCCCAGCAAUAAGGAUGUGACUUCAUUGGACUGGAAUAGUGAUGGAACACUAUUGGCUACAGGCUCAUAUGAUGGUUUUGCAAGAAUAUGGACAGAAGAUGGUAACCUUGCAAGCACCUUAGGUCAACAUAAAGGUCCAAUAUUUGCCCUGAAAUGGAACAAAAAGGGGAAUUAUAUUUUAAGUGCUGGUGUUGAUAAAACAACAAUAAUUUGGGAUGCUCACACAGGAGAAGCUAAACAGCAGUUCCCUUUCCAUUCAGCUCCCGCUCUGGAUGUAGACUGGCAGAACAACACUACUUUUGCCUCCUGCAGCACUGACAUGUGCAUUCACGUAUGCAGACUUGGCUGUGAUCGCCCUGUUAAAACCUUUCAAGGACACACAAACGAGGUUAAUGCAAUCAAAUGGGACCCAUCUGGCAUGCUACUAGCGUCUUGCUCCGAUGAUAUGACAUUAAAGAUUUGGAGUAUGAAGCAAGAUACCUGUGUACAUGAUCUUCAGGCUCACAGCAAAGAGAUUUAUACUAUCAAAUGGAGUCCUACAGGACCAGGCACCAGCAACCCAAACUCCAACAUCAUGUUAGCAAGUGCUUCGUUUGAUUCCACUGUUCGGCUGUGGGACGUCGACCGAGGAGUCUGCAUCCAUACGUUAACAAAACAUCAAGAGCCUGUCUACAGUGUAGCUUUCAGUCCUGAUGGAAAAUAUCUAGCCAGUGGGUCCUUUGACAAAUGUGUCCAUAUAUGGAAUACUCAGAGUGGAACUCUAGUACAUAGCUACCGAGGCACCGGGGGCAUCUUUGAAGUCUGCUGGAAUGCUAGAGGAGACAAAGUGGGAGCAAGCGCAUCAGACGGAUCGGUUUGUGUUCUAGAUCUGCGGAAGUAAGAAUGAAACGUUUUAGAAGAAAUUUCAAAUGGACCAGCAGUGAAUGUGUGGGGAGAAGCACUCUUCAAAACUCUUCUUAACAGCUCCAGAACUGUACAAACUUGAACAAAGUUAGAGUGUACCGUGAAACCAACUCUCCCUGGCCACAGGUGUCUAGUAUUUUGUCCGUAACCUUCAUCAAGGAGUAAAAAAACGCAGUCACUUCAGAGGGGGAGGGAAUGGUUUCCACUUGGAACAUUCAGCCUUGGAAGCAUGAAGCCACCAGCUAGGCAUUGCACUGUUUGGUUUGCGUCUGAGAACUUGCUCUGAUGGCUGGGAAAAAAAAAGCUGUGCCAAAAAAAAUUAAUUAAAAAAAGGAAAAAAAAAAAAAGAAAAAUGCUGUGAUAAACCAAAAGGGAAAAAAAAUCCUCCUCCAUGCGGUGUUGUAUUUUUUCCUUCCAAUUUGGACACUACAGUUGCUCUCCCAAAGGACGUUCAAAGACCAGUUUGUACUGAUGAAAUGCUCAACUUUGUAAUCACAACACUUUCUAUUUUCUAGACUACUUUUUUUGUUCAGUGGUUUUUCUAUCAGCUGGAAAAUUACAGCCUGGAGGAUCCCAGGCUUAGGAUGAAACCUUUUUGUUUUCCUUUUAUUUCUCCCUUCCACUCCCGACUUCUCCUUCCAGUUUUUUGGGUUUUUUUCUCCUCUUUCUUCUCGCCCUUUUUGUUUUUCUUUUCUUCCCCGUACGCCCAUAGUAGAUGCAGCCAGGUGGACAUGACAAUGAAAAUUUUUGACAGACUGCUUCUCCUCUCUCUUCCUUUUCCUUUCUUUCUCUCCGUUUAAAAGAAAAGAAAAUCCUCCAUGCUUCAGAUCUUAGCGUCUCAAGGGCACUUUCAGCAAAUUGUGUAAUAAGUGCUUUAUAUAAGAAUGCAGUGCUGGGGAAGAUUUUUACAGGAGAAAGAUGACUUUUAACAGAAAGAACCCAGUGUAUUUUUGGAAAAAAAAUAUUUUUUAUGUUGAAACACUUUUAAAAGCCUCAAAUGGCCACCAAAUGUAGACCAGUUGUGUAAUUCAAGCAAAAAGAAUGACACAGAGUCCAAGGAACGUGAAAGAUGCAGUAUCCUUUUCCUCUUCUCCCUCAGAAAGUGCUGUAAGGAAAAAUGCCAUUUGAUACAAUAAAUGCCAGUCAUUUACUAAGUCCUCUUCCAGCAGCCAGCCAAUUACACAGUCUCAUUUCAUUCUUGUGGCUAUUUGAUGAUACACGCAUUAAAAAGGACUCGUAAGUUGGAGUCUCUAAGGACAGCAUUCAUUUUCUCGAGUACAUAUUUUUCUUUUUAUCCUCAGUAACCAGGGGAAAACAUUUGUGUGAUCUUCUUUCCUCUAGUGGUAGUUCAGAUUUCAUACAGACAUGGGUUUGACUGCCUGUGGCCUUGCUGUGAGCAGUGCUGUCCUCCACUCUUCAUCCCAUCUGCUGUUUCUAUUCCAGUAAGUCAAUGGGAUUUUACCACUGACUUGAGACCAGCCAAAGCAAGAUAUAUCCACUGCAUCUGUCACCGUUGAAGAAAGGACUCUUUCCAUGCUCUUGUCCAUCUGUGGCCAGCACACCCCUAGCAGCAGGCUCUGCCAUGGCAUCUGGCAGUAUGCAGCACUGCUGUCGCCCUCAGCCCUGCACGCCCUGCGAGGUAAACUCUGGGUCUGCACUUGCAGACUCCUCAUCUGACCAGACAACUUUAGCCUUGAGGGUGUCCUCAGCACGGUUCUCAGAAGACAACGUAGAACUCUCUGUUAGGUGAGGACAUAAUAAAGGCUGUAGAUGUUCUGUCUCAACAUAAAUGCUGCUAUAAAGUUACAGUGGGUGAAAUGGUCGGGAUGAUCAGAACGAUUUCCAGAAACACCCUCUCUCUGCUUCGGACAGCAUUUCCUUCCUGCAAGCUAGACAUCUGCAGGAGUGUCUGCUGAAGACUCUGUUACUCUUAACAGCGAAUGAUGGAUGCAAAGAAGGAUCCAGAGGCAGAGUGUACCAAAGAUGCUGUAAACUAUCAGGCAACCUUGAGGUGGUGGCAGCUGUUAUUUAGACAAAUCCUUAGAACUGGUUGACUCAAGCAGAUGUCCUCUCCAACCCACAGGCUAGGCUAGGGUUUGCAGGAGAGAGAACAACAAGCCUCUUAACACCACAUAGUACCUUCCCACCCAAAGUCACUAUUUCUCUGACACAGGAUCUUCCCUUUGAUUUGAACAGCGCUGCUGAAGCAGGGUUCUGAUCCAAGCAGAAUCAAAACCAGGGCCCUAAGUGCUGAACUGUUGGUGUAAGACCUGCCAAGUAUUGUGGCAUCACGGCAUUAUGGAAUCUGCACAUCAUUUUUUUUUCUCCUGUGGUUUUGUCUCUCUCUGCUUGCAUCUGUACAGUGCUUCAGUUCUUCCAGCUGAACUACCCAGUGACAGCUUCAGCUGUGUUUUUUAGAGAUACAUGAUUGGAAAGGAGAAAACAAAAAGAAACAACUGCUAAAAGGGUUACAUGGUCCCGAGGUGAAAAGAGUUACGUUGGAUCUUAGUUAUUGCUGGCAGUUGGGCUUGUUUGUAAUUCGUAUCAAAGAAGUGGCCGCUGGAAGGUAUCUGAGAUUAUUUUCAGCAUUAAAUGCAUUAAUGUGUUGGUUUUAAGUUUUCUGCUCCAAGAGCAUGAGCUGCAGAUGAUCACGUGGCAGUUUUGCACUGUUGUAUAACCCCAUGUACCUACUAAUUUAAAGUCACUACUUAAAAAAAAAAAGAGAGAGUACUUAUUUGAAGGGAGACUCAAAUUUGAAUGCAAAGGUUUAAUGUGGUUUUGUAAAGCACGGUUGGGUCGAUGAUUUCACUAUAAUCAUUGCACAUACACGGUUGACUUCUAAGCUGCUUUUGGGUGGCGUUUCUGAGUAUACCACACGGAACCUCCUGGUCAGCACAGAUGAGGCCCUGGCCCCGCGUCGGGGCCCUGGGUGAUGCCUCAGUCGGCCACACCUCAGGAUCCAAAUUGAUGAGGUUGUUCAGCCAAGUUGAGCAACGCUGCGUGGCUGGCUGGCUACAUAGCCUGUGUUUUGUACUUAUUCCCAGGACAGCUGCUGUAAAUAACUCAACAGUGGCCAUGAUGCCCAUUUCUUUUUCCUUUUUUUCAAAGUGCCAGAACACAGCCUUUCCUUUGCCCGCCUACAUGGAGGUAGGGAGCCAAGAGAAACAAAACGUGAAAAUCAGUUGGUUUGCAAAGCCUAUGUGUGAGAGAGACUGCUGGUCCAGAGUUUUCUGUACACACCGUCAGGUUUGAAAACAGUGUAUGUGAGAAGCUGAGAAAAUUCACCUUUCUUCCUCAAGAUCCUAAUAACUGGAAAAUUCUCAAAGAUACUGUAGCUGAUAGUUUUCAGGUACAACGAGGGCAGCUUUUCAGGAAGGCAGAAGAUGUAGUUGCGAAGGUUAAUCCUAAGCCUAAGGAGCUGGUUUCUUUAGGAGAUGGGCAAUGGGAAGAAAAAGACUUUUCUGGGCUGUAUUUCAACAUGGACGCCUAAGCCCAGACCUGCAUUAGUGCCCUCGUGGGAGCUCAUGCUUUCCUCCACCGGCAUCUCCUGGUUAGCGCUGCCUUUCUGUGGCUCCCCUGCAGCAGAACAGCAUGAAGCAACAGGCUGGUGGACUUCAGCUUUUUCGUACAAUAUUUUUGGAUAACUGUGUUUAUAGUUCUUUGUAACAGAAGAGAAAUUGAAAAACCCAAAUGGCCAAACAGGAUUGUGAAACCGUUGAGACUUACUGGAAUUUUUAUCAUUGCUGGCUGUCUGGAACUGGCCUUGAAGUGCAAAAAGAAAAAAGAAAAAAAAAUAUUUCUGAUAAACCACUCGGUUCUGUGGGUUAGAGGAUACUGAAUCUUUUAUGUAGAAAACACUGGGUCCCUUAUGGGGCACUAAAGGGCCUGACUUACAGGGUUACACACAUUAACCCCAUGCUACAUCUUAGAAAUUUCCUUUUAAUUUGUUUAAAAAAAAUAAGAAAAAAAUAGCUAAUUUUAGAGCCAAGUGAAGUGCACUUUGUCAAAUGUAAGGGUCUGCUUUGUUUUUGGGUUUCUUUUUCUUUUUCCCUUUUUAAUUUUUCCUCCUUUUUUUUCCUCCUUUUGCCUUUUUAAAAGAUGUGGUUCUUUGUCAAUUGCAGAAAUGUUCUUUCAGCCACUCACUGAAAUUCUGAAUUCUGGCUUCUGCAGUUUUUAUUGUCUGUGUCAGACUUGCAGCCAGACUUGGUUCUCAUUUCAGCAUUUCCCAGGUUCUGUUGAAACAACAUCAAUCCUUAUUUUGUUUCUCCCCCACCCACACUUUCUUCAAAUUCACCUUGUGUAUUGUAGCUCAUUUGUUUUAAGGAGAGAAUCAACAGAUCAUAUUCAGUGUCUUGAAUAAAUUGCUAUAUUUUGAUAUUAGAGAA